AAGUACUCAUCCAGAAUUGAACCCGAGGAAGAAUGGCAGCAAAUCAAGAACUCCAAGCAGCGAUUUUGCAGAUGACGAAACUUCUCCAGCGGUUGGCCGUUCCACAAGCAGCAAACCCAGAGCAAGUGUUGGAAUCGCUGUCCACCAACAUCUGCGAGUUCAGGUUCGAUCCGGAGAACGGCACCACAUUCGAAAAAUGGUUCGCCCGUUACUCGGAUUUGUUCGAAAGCGACGCACGCAGUCUCGACGAUGCAGCAAAGGUUAGGCUCCUGCUCCGAAAAUUGGACACGUGUUCCCACAGUCGCUACGUGAACUACAUCCUUCCUCAAUUGCCGAAGGACAUCCCUUUUGCUGACACCAUCAAGACACUGCAAAAGAUCUUCGGUAGGCAAACAUCCGUUUUCAACAAGCGCUACCAGUGCCUACAGCUGGUGAAAUCGGAAGCUGACGACAUCAUUUCCUACGGCGGUCAAGUCAACAGAGCAUGCGAGGAGUUCGAAUUUCAAAAUUUGAGCAUCGACCAAUUCAAAUGCUUGAUUUUUGUCUGCGGUCUCAAAGCACCACGUUACGCCGACAUUCGAGCAAGACUGCUUUCCCGCAUCGAAGGAGGAACGGACGGAGCUCCGGUGACAAUUCAAACUCUUAUCGACGAGUUCCAGCGAAUUGUCAAUCUCAAGUCGGACACCACGAUGAUAGAACAUCCAUCAAGUUCCAACAAAUCGGUCCACAGCAUUUCGGAGAGGAAAUCCGGCAUCCAACAACGUCCAUCGAAAACGGAAAAUAAGUCCACACCUCGCACUCCCUGCUGGCAGUGUGGACAAAUGCAUUUUGUUCGCGACUGUCCCUUUUCCGACCAUCUCUGCAAGGCAUGCAACCGCAUCGGUCACAAAGAAGGCUACUGUGGCUGCAUGAGAAAGUCAGGCGAUUCUUCUAUCAAACCCCAAGCGAAAAAGAAGAAGCACUUCCACAAGAAGGUUGGCUCCAGAACCGAAGCCAAGGGCAUUUACGUGAACCACAUCGCAAACAGUUCCCGGAAGCGCAGGUAUGUGACUGUCACCAUCAAUCAGGUCGCUAUCUCGCUGCAAUUAGAUUCCGCAAGCGAUAUCACCGUAAUUUCCAAGGCAACGUGGCACCAGCUUGGCAAACCGAAACUUACACCAUCAUCGAUUGAAGCAUCCAACGCAUCCGGUGGUCGACUCAAUCUCAUCGGCGAAUUCAAUUGCGAUGUCACCCUCAACGGCAUGAGCAAGAGUGGCCAAUGUUUUGUUACGUCAUCACCAGACCUCAACGUGCUUGGAAUUGAUUGGAUCGACAUGUUCAACCUUUGGUCGGUUCCAUUCGACACCCUCUGCAGUCAAAUUUCAUCGAUCUCCAAGCCAUGUUUCGAGGAAAUAACAUCACAGCUUCAAGCAACACAUCCGACGGUUUUCGACAACUCGCUGGGCCACUGCAAGAAAACAAAGGUAAAACUUUUUCUUAAAUCUAACGUCAAGCCUGUUUUCUGUUCGAAGCGACCAGUUCCAUUCAACACCAUUUCACUUGUGGAUGCUGAGCUAACACGUCUACAAUCGCUCAACAUCAUCACGCCGAUCGAUUUUUCGGAGUGGGCCGCUCCGAUAGUAGCAGUACGCAAGCCGAAUGGUAAAGUUCGCAUCUGUGCGGACUAUUCUACUGGACUCAACGAAGCGCUGGAGAGUAACCACUAUCCUCUACCUGUCCCAGAGGAAAUUUUCGCUCAGCUGAAUGGAAGUUCGAUAUUCAGCAUCAUCGACCUUUCUGAUGCGUAUCUGCAGGUGGAGGUAGACGAGGAAUCGAAAAAGCUUCUUACCAUCAACACACAUCGGGGGCUUUUUCAAUUCAACCGCCUCGCUCCCGGGGUGAAGUCAGCACCUGGGGCAUUCCAACGGCUGGUUGACACAAUGAUUGCCGACAUUCCUGGUGUUCGGUCAUUCCUCGACGAUGUCAUCAUAUUCGGACCAACCUGGGAAGCACAUAAAGCGUCAUUGGAUCAACUACUUCAGCGAUUGGAGGAAUAUGGGUUCCACGUCAAGAUGGAAAAGUGCCACUUUUUCCAAACUGCAAUCAAAUACUUGGGGCAUAUCAUCGACAACAAGGGCAUCCGCCCUGAUCCAGAAAAGCUCCAAGCCAUCGCCUCCAUUCCAGCACCGACCAACGUUUCCGAACUGCGCUCAUUCCUGGGAGCCAUAAAUUUUUAUGGUAGAUUUGUCCGUAACAUCCAUGAACUUCGACAUCCACUCGACCAGCUACUUAAGAAAGAUGCGAAGUGGCAGUGGAACAACGAUUGUCAACGAUCAUUCCGGCGAUUUAAGGAAAUCCUGCAGUCCGAAAUGUUGCUGACUCAUUACGAUCCGAAGCUACCAAUCAUCGUGGCUGCGGACGCUUCAAGUACGGGCAUCGGUGCAGUCAUUUUCCACGAAUUUCCAAAUGGGCACCUAAAGGCAAUUCAGCACGCAUCAAGAUCCUUAACUGCAGCAGAGCAAGGCUACGGGCAGCCGGAAAAGGAAGCACUUGCGCUUACGUACGGUGUGACGAAAUUCCACAAGUACCUACUGGGUCGACGAUUCACUCUUCUCACGGACCACAAGCCGCUACUAUCCAUUUUUGGUUCGAAGAAGGGAAUUCCGUUGCAUACCGCAAAUCGACUUCAAAGAUGGGCGCUGAUGCUGCUCAAUUACGAUUUCGACAUCCGUUACGUUUCCACCAACGAAUUCGGUUGCGCUGACAUGCUGUCCAGAUUGAUCGACCGUACCAAGCAGCCAGAGGAGGACUACAUCGUUGCAGCGAUCUCGCUCGAAGAAGACAUGGUGAGCAUAAUUCAUGACACUGUCCAUCAAGUCCCAGUUUCAUUCGCAGCUAUCCAAACCGCAACGAAGACAGACAAAGCGCUACAGGCAGUGCUUAAGUUCAUCCGUGAUGGCUGGCCAACCGAUCCACAGUCAAUCACAAAUCCAGACGUGCGUUCCUACUUGAACAGGCGCGACUCCCUCACCCAUGUCGACGGGUGUAUUUUGUUCCACGACAGAGUAGUCGUUCCGAGCAAAUUUCGAAAACAGAUCCUGAAUCAGUUUCAUCGUGGACACCCUGGUAUGGUUCGCAUGAAGUCGAUUGCACGCAGUUUUGUCUAUUGGCCAGGAAUAGAUAAGGACAUCGAGGAUUUUAUCCGGCGGUGCACUCCAUGCUGCACAGCUGGGAAAACACCUACCAAAUCAACGCCCGAAUCUUGGCCCAUGCCCGACAAGCCGUGGUCACGUAUACACGUGGACUAUGCAGGACCUGUGGACGGAUUGUACUUCCUGGUGAUUGUGGAUCCUUACACCAAAUGGCCGGAAGUGUACGCAACAAGAACCACAACGACGAAAACAACAACGAAGCUACUUUCCCAGUCGUUCUCAACAUUCGGUGUUCCGGAAACCAUCGUCUCGGAUAACGGUACCCAAUUCACUAGCCACGAGUUCCAGGUUUUCUGUGAAAAGCAAGGUAUCCGCCACAUCCGAACAGCACCGUACCAUCCUCAAUCCAACGGGUUAGCUGAACGUUUCGUGGACACGCUGAAACGCACGCUCCGGAAAAUUCGCUCCGGGGGAGAAACACUGGAGGAAGCACUGCUGAUUUUUCUCCAAGUUUACCGAACAACACCAACAGCAGAUCUCGGUAACAAAUCUCCAGCAGAAAUAAUGUUCGGUAGGUCAAUCCGAACUGUUUCGUCGAUUCUUCUACCAACCACAUGCAUUCCAGCAACGCAGACUGAACAGCAAACCGUCAAGAAUGGUGCAGUCUCAAGGCAGUUCGCUCCUGGUGAUUCUGUGUACGUCCAGGCUCAUCAAGGUAAUGCAUGGCAGUGGCAGGCCGCCACGGUCAUCGAACGAAUUGGAAGAGUCAACUACAACGUUUUCCUUCAAGAUCGUCAACGACUCAUCCGCUCACACAUCAAUCAACUGAAGCAUCGUGUGACCAAGACUGUUCCCGAUCCAGGUGCAAACCAAGACCCGAGUCCAUUAUCAGUGUUUGUCGACGGAUUUGGUCUUGAGGUGCCAACUCGAGCCGUUCCAGCAGUAGUACCGAAUCCACCACCCAACGGAGACGUGGACUCUGACGGUUCAGAGUACUAUUCGGAUGGAAGCAGCGAAAACGACGAUCCGCCUCAGCCAGAUCCAGUGCCAGUUCCGGUUGCAACUCCUGUGAGGGAACGACGACAAACCCGGUUGCCAACGAGGUUCGAGCCGUACUGGAUGGCUUAA